AUGUUCAACAAGAACAACAACCCCACAAUAGUCAAAGACGUCCCACUUCUAAACAAACUCGCACCAGCCUCACAACAAUACAAGCACGUCUUCCCCAAAAUGCCCGUCGGAAACAGUGAUCAGAAUGCAGGCGCCACUGGCGCCGCCAAAUUUGUCACCUCGGCCCUCGGCAACACCGUCGGCGGCGUCACCAGGACCGUCGGCAACGUCACCGGCGCCGCGACCCAGGGUGUGGGCGACACAAUCACCAGCGCUGCCGGCUCCGCGGGCCGCCCCGUCGGCGACGGCAUUGCCAAUCUCGGCCAAGGCCUCUCGGGCGCACUGAACUCGGUCGGCAAGGGUGCUGAAGAUGCUGGACAGUGGAAGCGAUCCUAA